ACAACCUUUACGCUAUUGUCUAAAAAAAAAGCAAAUGAGGUUAAGAGUUCUAAAAUAAAGCUUCGGCAAAUUUUAAAAGCUUCCUUUAAGUAAUUUUUAUUGAUUUAAAAAAUUGUUCACAGCAAUGAUCUUCAAAUUUUUGACGAUAUUGCCGAUAAUAUGGUUACAGCUUCUGGUAGAAUAUGAUGCAUUCACAUAUUAUGCAUUUAGGCAAGAAUGGAUACCAGGUUCCUGCUCAGGAGCUUCCUGUUCGCCUGUUCCUGAGAAUGUGACAUCUUGGACAUUACACGGAUUGUGGCCAUCAGGCAAAGAUAGAAAUCCAUUUUAUUGCAAACGCUCAGCUACUUUCAAGAAGGAACCAAUCGAACCUCUUUUACCCGAACUUAAGACAAAAUGGCCAAGUACUAACCCUAAAAAUCCAAACACUGAUUUCUGGAAGCACGAGUGGCUGAAGCAUGGUACCUGCGCUACAAGUUUUGAUUCAGAAUACAAAUACUUCAAAAAUGCUCUUGAACUGCACGAUAAAUAUGACAUAUUCAAAUUUCUUAAGACUUCUGGAAUAACACCAAAAGAGAACGAACUUUAUAAGUUACAAGAUUUCUCUCAGGCUAUUAAGAAAAGUAUAAAUAACAAAACCAUAAACCUCUUUUGCAAAAACAUAAAGAAUUAUAACCACCAGCUGAUUAUAUCUCUCAAUAUAUGCCUGGAUAAGAAUUUUGAGCCUAUUGAUUGUCCAAAUAAGAAAGGAUGUCGGUUUUCAGAUUUACUUUAUUUGCCUUUUAAGUAACUUAAUAAUUGUACUUUUAUAUUCUCUUUAUACUUAUAUGGAUAAAAAAUGGAUAAAUA